GCGACACAGAACUGAAGUUCCGCUUUUUUCUCUGCGGCUUGUGACUGUGAUUAAUCAGCGCGGGACACAAAUUGGUCGGUCUGUCAGGAAAACGGUUUCCUGAAGAGGAUGAUUGAUGUCAAAGCAUGGGCGGAGUACAUAGUUGAGUGGGCGGCCAAAGACCCCUAUGGCUUCCUCACCACCGUAAUAUUGGCCUUGACUCCUCUGUUCAUUGCCAGCGCUCUGCUGUCCUGGAAACUCGCCAAGAUGAUCGAGGCCAGGGACCGGGAACAAAAGAAGAAGCAGAGGAGACAGGAGAACAUUGCCAAAGCCAAAAGGGCCAAAAAAGACUGAGGUCGAACGAUAAAGGGACGCAGAGGUGUCAAAACGAUGCUCUUCUUUCUCUGUAAAAUGUGCUCACCCCACACCCAGUACCCCCCUUCUCCCAGUCUAAAUCCUGCUAUUGCCCAAACCAUCAAAAAAAAAAAGGGUGAUGGCAAAUGACUGGGUGAGAUGGAGGCCUUAAACAGCACUGUGAGUGUGUACAAGAUGGCGGGGGGAGGGGGUGUCAAAUGGGGGACUUCGCGAUGAGACUGCAGUAUUUUUCUGGAAUCCUCCAUACUGCGGAAAUCUACCGCACUCAUGUUGUGACACUCAGCAUUCCAUUUUCCAAUUGAAUUAUGAAGUACCUUUUCCAUCACAGAAUGAAUUCGCUAACAAAUAAUUUAAAGCCCUAAAUGUUUUUAGUAAUAAAAUGUUCUAAAAAGUCA